AUGGAUGACAAAAAUAUUAAACCCAUUCAAAUCACAGAUGAUGUUUGGAUGGUGCCUUGCGCUAUAUCUAAAGACAAAAAAGAGUACCACCCUUUCGGAAGACCUUUUAAUUCAGAUAUUAAUUGAGACCGAGCACAAGCCAGACAAUCCUGGCUGCCAGAAGAAGACGAAACUCUUAGGGAUUUAAUAAAUAAGAGAGGUCCUCAUCACUGGAGUUUAAUUGCCAGAGAAGUCAAUGCAAUUGUACACAAUGGUAUGCCAAUCCGUCAAGGCAAGCAAUGCAGGGAAAGGUGAUACAACCAUCUAAACGACGGCCUGCGAAAAGGCAGCUGGAGUCCCGAAGAAGACGUCCUGAUUCUCGAAAAGCAGCUUGAGUGAGGAAACAGGUGGAGCGAUAUAGCAAGACUCUUAAAAGGGAGGACCGAAAACCAAGUAAAAAACAGAUGAAAAAGCCUCACAAGAAAAGCAGAAAAAAUAUGCCCGAAAGGCCUUGACCCUAUAAAGUUCCUUAUUUCUGAAAUGAAAGUGCCGGAGCCCGAAUCUGUAAACUUGAGUUCAGUGAUGCCAGUGUCUCCCCUCAUAAUCAGCUCUCCUGGGUUUAUUCCUUUUGCUUUUAAUGAUCUUGGGUUUUCAAACCUCGCUGACCAGAUCAAAACUACUUAUCAAAUGGGAAUGAGUGGGCUUCAGCAACCGGAUCCGUCUCCUUCUACAUUGCUUUUCUUAAACAGCCCAAAUGUGAGGCAAUAA